UGGAAAAACUUUGCCUAAGCAAAGUAUUAGCAUUUGUAGUUGAACGCUCUAAGGAAUCCUCAUCUAUAUUUUCAAAUGGGACAAACUCUCUCCGAACCAGUCGUAGAAAAACAUUCUAGUUCUGGCGGAGAUAAUUUUGUACAAUAUGGAGUAUCACACAUGCAAGGCUGGCGGAUUUCGAUGGAGGAUGCACACAGUGCGGUUUUAAAUAUGUUACACCAUCCAGGAAAUCCUCAGAUUAGUUUUUUUGGCGUUUUUGAUGGCCAUGGAGGAGAUCGGGUUGCGAAAUAUUGCGGGCAAAACUUGCCAGAAAUUAUAAAAUCGCAACACUCCUUCUGGAAAGGGGACUAUGGAGAAGCGUUAAAGUCGGGAUUUUUGGAAACUGAUCAGGCAUUAAUGAGGGAUUACGAUAUGCAAGAAGACCCCUCUGGCUGCACAGCCACGACAGUCAUGAUAAUCAAUGAUCAAGUAGUAUAUUGUGCCAAUGCAGGAGAUUCUCGAACCGUUCUCUCAAGGCGAGGAAUCUCAGAACCUCUUUCUUUUGACCAUAAACCAAAUAUAGAUGUCGAAAAGGCACGAAUAAAGGCAGCAGGUGGAUUUAUUGAUUUUGGUCGGGUCAAUGGCAGUUUAGCACUUUCUCGAGCUAUCGGUGAUUUCGAAUACAAAAAGAAUAGUCUCCUUCCUCCAGAAAAGCAAAUCGUCACAGCCUUUCCUGACGUCGUUGUUCAUACUAUCGGCCCGGAAGAUGAAUUUUUGGUCUUAGCAUGUGAUGGAAUAUGGGACUGCAAAACUUCUCAGGAAGUUGUUGAAUUUGUUCGCAGAGGAAUUGUUGCCAAACAAUCUUUGGAAACAAUCGGUGAAAAUUUAAUGGAUAGAUGUAUUGCCAGCAAUAGUGAGUCCUGUGGAAUUGGCUGCGACAAUAUGACUAUUUGCAUUGUAGCUCUCUUGCGAGGUCGUACUUUGGAUGAAUGGUAUGACUGGAUAAUCCAUCGUGUCGAAUCUGGCAUAGGUCCUUGUGCUCCUGCUUCAUACGCUGAAUUACGUGGCCCUAAUACCGUAGCUGAUGCCCGAAAUAUACAUCUUGAAUACGAUUACAUUGCAAGUCACGAAUAUGGUAGUGGUGAUACCUACGAUAGUGAUUCUGAUGAUGAAUCUGUCAUUUAUGACCGCUAUUUCUUGCAUUAAAAUAUAAACCUAAUUUUACACCUCGUCAUUCUUCAGGGUAAUCUCACUUUGAUACCGUUCAGUUUUUUUGUUGUUCUAUAUGCUUUUCAGUUUGAUCUUUUAUAAAUACGUGGACGUUAUUAAUUAUCCCAACUCACCUCGUCAUUUGUUUUAAUUUAUUGUCAUUUCUCUUCUCUCCUUCUCUUUUUUUGUAUCUUAACUUUUUCCUUUUGCCGCUUUAUUAAUAAUGGUUUUACUAAAGCUUUGUAAUUCUGUUGACAUGCCAUUUGUUUUCUUUCCUUGAAGGCUUUCGAUGAAAUUUUUUUUUUUUAGAAAAAGAAGCAAGAAGGUGAGAAGACAAGCGUGUUGUUCCUAUUCUAUCGCUUUGGUAUUUUACAGCCAAGGAUCUUUACCAAGGAAUACACUCAUAAUUAAUGUUUCCAUUUAAUUAUGCGAUGUUGUAUUAUAUAUCUCUUCCUUUGGUGAUCUUCAGUUGGCGUACUUCUACUAUCCUCGCUAAUAAUACUCAUAUGGAGUAUUUAUAUCCUUUAUUCGCUUCUUUCAUACGCCAAUUCUUGUGUUAGUUCUACACUGAGCUUUACCAUUUGAUUCCUAUUGAAGUGUCGAAGAUGAGUAAUUGCAUCGGUAUCUUGUUUUCCAAUCUAUGAAUGCCAAAGCAUUAUGAUCAGCAUCAGGUUUAUAUUAAGGCAACGGUUUUUGAAUAUUUAGCAAAAGCAAGGUAUUUAAAAACCAUCCGUGAAUUCCAUUUUCGUAUAUUAUUAUUUUUGGUACCUUUACUUCUGUAGUAAGAAGAGUCCUUAUUAUAAAAACUACUCCCAUUUUCUCUGAGAUUUCUUCCGUAUAGAUUUUGUUUACGUUUGUUAAAUUUAACAUCUUUAUUUAUAAUAGAUUUCAUAAAGCCGAAAUGGUAUUUGAAUUCAUUAGGCCUUGGAUGGAUAAACUUUGUCUUUUUGUUGUUUUAUUUUUGU